GCCCCCCUUCCUGCUCCGACUGAAAACUGAGACAGUGAGAAAAAGCAACGGGAGGAAAGAUCAUGGAGGGAGAAAGCUGGAUGUAGUAGCUUCUCUGUUACUUUAGACCACUUGUUUCUUAUUUCGUUUUCACCCGAGCAAAUCAAAGCGUCUGAAUGUGGCGAAAGUCGUUGUGUGUUUUACGUGCGCGGAAAACGUCGUAAAUCUCCCACCGUUCAAACCUUGGACAGCGGACUGCUCGCGGACGGUUAGCAUAACCCAAGUAAAGUUAGCCUGCUCCGGCUAACUUAGCCCGUCUCGGCUAACAGGAGAGGACAAAAACAGCGCAGUGGGAGAAGAGUUUAGGCUAAAAGAGGCGCUGCGGCGGAAAGUAACUAGUAAUGUUGCCUCCCGGGAUUAACUUCAGAUACGGAUGAGAAAGAUAUAUGCGACUGGGGAACCCGGAGAAGAACUGCGAGCCAGACGACCACCGCUAUGUUGGGGUUGCUUCACGGCUCCGGCAGCCCGUCUGAGUCCCGGGGCUGGCCUCACUCGGUGCUGUGGAGACUGGGGGGCUUUUUCUUCCUCCUGCUGCUGGAAGGGGCCGGCUGCCUGGCCAGUCCCAGCAGCCCUUCAGGCGUCAACAACAACAACAACAACCACCCCAGUGUCAACAUUUACAUGAGCGUGGAGGAGGUGAAGAAGCUUUUGGGCCUCGAUGCGGAGCUCUUCUAUGUUCGAGAUGAUGUGGUGAAUCAUUACGCUCUCUCUUUCACGCUGCCUGUGCCCAGCGAGACCAACAGCCUUCACUUCUCAUGGCACUCAAAGGCAAAGGUUGACUACCGUCUCGGCUUCCAAGUGGAGAACCCGCUUGCCAUGAACCCACCACAGAGCAACAUCUCCAGUCAGGGAGAGGUCCCCCGCAUCCCCUCUGUUUUUCGAGUGGACCUCUUUUGUUCCGGUAAGAUAGAUGGAGAGGCUGUAGUGACUGUGCAGCUCAAUCUGACCAUCCAUGCCAACAACUACACAGUCCUUAACUUCAAGAGGAGGAAAAUGUGCUACAAAAAAAUAGAUAUCGAGUCGAACCGUCCUACUCUUCCAAAUAACACUCUGCCACAGCCUGACUUAGAUGUGACUACACCCACCACCUCCACCCAGGUGUUUUAUAUCAGUGUGAGCGUCUGCUGCAUCGUCAUUUUCCUCGUUGCCAUCAUCCUGGCCAUCUUGCACCUGCACAGCAUGAAGAGGGUGGAGAUGGAGGACAGUGUGAGUGACAGUGGGAGCUCGCAGGGCCUGUCUCAGCCGUCCACUCAAACCACGCAGUACCUAAGGGCUGACACUCCAAAUAACGCAACGCCUGUCACCAACAAUCACCCUGGUUCUGCACCCAUACUCCAGCUUGCUGCCUCCUCCUUCCAAAAUCCCGGUGCUCCCCCCCAUGAAACCAAAAGCUAUCCAUCUCUGCGCAUUGAGAAGAAUGACCUGAGGAGUGUAACGCUGAUUGAAGCCAAAGCCAAAGUGAAAGACAUUGCCAUCUCAAGAGAGAGAGUAACAUUACGAGAUGUGCUUCAUGAAGGCACAUUUGGCCGUAUCUUCCACGGCGUGCUGCUGGAUGAGAAGGACCCCAGUAAAGAAAAGCAGGUCUUUGUGAAGACCGUGAAAGAUCAUGCAUCUGAAGUGCAGGUGACCAUGAUGUUGACUGAAAGCUGCAAGCUCCGUGGACUUCAUCAUAGAAAUUUGUUACCCAUAAGUCAUGUGUGUACGGAGGACGGGGAGAAGCCCAUGGUGCUGCUACCUUUCAUGGCUUGGGGGAAUCUCAAGCUGUUCCUGCGGCAGUGCAAGCUGGCUGAGGCCAACAACCCACAGGCGAUCUCUCAACAGGACCUAGUUUACAUGGCCAUACAGAUUGCAUGUGGAAUGAGCUACCUGGCUCGCAGGGAGGUCAUACACAAAGACCUCGCCGCCAGGAACUGUGUCAUUGACGACAACAUGCAGGUGAAGAUCACAGACAAUGCCCUCGCUCGAGACCUGUUUCCCAUGGAUUACCACUGUCUGGGGGAUAAUGAGAACCGGCCUGUUCGCUGGAUGGCCCUGGAGAGCCUGCUCAACAACGACUUUUCUAGUGCUAGUGAUGUGUGGGCCUUUGGUGUGACGCUGUGGGAGCUGAUGACUCUGGGUCAGACACCUUACGUCGACAUCGACCCCUUUGAGAUGUCCGCCUACCUGAAGGACGGAUACAGAAUAGCACAACCCAUCAACUGCCCAGAUGAACUGUUCGCAGUGAUGGCGUGCUGCUGGGCCCUGGACCCUGAGGAGAGGCCCAAGUUUCAGCAGCUCGUACAGUGUCUCACCGAGUUCCACGCCGCUUUGGGGGCGUACGUGUGACGACCAACACGAGCGGCUCGGGGGGGGUGGGACGCUGCUCAUAAGGAAUAAUGCAUGUAUGAAACUGUGCCUUACCAGACGGAAGAGCAGACUUCAAGCCCCACGAGCUCAUUUUGUACAGUUCUUUGGAGUUUUUAUAUAGUUGAAAUACCUUUUUACAGCAUAGCAAAGUAAAAUGGUUUGUUGUCCAAGUUGUAUAAGGAUUCUUUGAUGAAUAUUGUGCUUUGAAAGCGUAUAAAAAAAAAAAAAUGACCACGCCCUCCUCACCAAGAGGAACGCAACGAUGGAAACAUGUCCGUAUUUGUACAGCACAUCAACACUUACUGUGCCAUCGAACUCUUCUUUUCUUAAAUCUGGUUGUAAAGUCAGUAUUUUCUGCAGUUUUCUGAAACUGUAGUAGUUGCUGUUUACAGAUAAACAGUUGUAGGUGUGUUGUGGGUGACAGUUGAACACAUUCAUAGGUACCAGAGUAGACUUCAUUUGUAUAUGUAACCAUAUUUUCUGCUGCGGUACGAGAGGCGUGUUGGAAACCACACUCAUGUUACUGGAACGGAGACGAUCGUGGACAGCUUCUUCAGCGGUACUAUUACGACAUCGGCCUCCACUAACACGUCAACAGAGUCGACGCGUCUGUUUCUAAAGCUGUGGACACGCAGACAUACAUACGAUAUGAACUUCCUGAGUGAAUAAUGGACGCUGAUCUCAGUUAUUGCAACUCCCAUUCCUCUUUUAUACCUCCCACUAUCACGGCUCCCACUCCUCUGUAUCCCUUACCCUGUGUUUUAGAAGCUUGAUUGUUCUGCGUCAGAACACGGCCCUUCACAGGAUGUCGAUUUUUGUGAUUAACUAGAGCGCUAAUAAUCACUGUCAAACACAAACCUCCCCCGCAGUUUGGUCUGAUCUUAUCCUCACGCCUGUAACAUCUCUGCAAUGUGUCGUCAUGGUCACUGCAUGUUGAAUUAAGGUUGUAGACUGCUUCCUGAAUUCGUAUCCACAAAAUAAAUUGGGUCUUUUAACUAUAA